UUCUUUUAUAUAUAUAGAGAGAGAUGAAAAGCAGCUAGUUUUAAAAAUCAAAAGCCUGCAGCAUAUUAGGUUAAUUUCGUCUGGGUGACAAAUUAAUGAGUUGGAUGAAAUUAUUAUCGUAUUCUUUUGAAACAAAAAAAAGUGCCAUUGCUUAGUUCAGAACUGUUGAAUGUUGAAUCGGAGAACCCAAUUAUUAACAGCAACAUUCUGUUCUUUCAAAUCUGAGCUUGGGGCUAGGAGUCUAUUGAGAUUGCUUAGGACUAACAGGUCACACGAUAGGUGUCCUUCUAUCCUUGGCCUAUCGACUUGGCAGGCAAGCUACUUUGAUUCGUCUUCGACUCAGAGAGAAAACAUGGACAAGUGUUUUCAAGAAACUGGGCAAAGUGAACCUCUCUUAGAACCCAAAGAACCAACAGUGGUGUCUGUGGAACAUGUAAGUUCUGAGCUUGAAGACAUACUGUCUGACACAAGUUUAUCUCAUUUCCAGCGGCUUGGACGGGCCUCUGUAGUAGAAUUUAGGAAUCUCUUUUGCCUAGCAGCUCCAGCAAUCAUUGUUUAUUUGCUCAACAAUGUUACUUCUAUGUCUACCCAAAUAUUCUGUGGCCAUCUUGGUAAUCUUGAACUUGCUGCUGCUUCACUUGGCAAUGAAGGUAUCCAACUCUUGGCUUAUGGCGUCAUGUUAGGGAUGGGGAGUGCAGUGGAGACACUAUGUGGGCAGGCAUAUGGAGCUCACAAGUAUGACACGUUAGGAAUAUAUCUUCAAAGAUCAACAAUUCUCCUUAUGUUAACUGGACUACCGAUCAUGGUGGCUUACUUAUUUUCAAAGCCAAUUUUGAUCUUAUUAGGAGAAUCAGAGAAAGUUGCAUCAGCGGCUGCAUUAUUCGUCUACGGUCUAAUUCCUCAAAUAUUUGCUUACGCUGCUAAUUUCCCCAUCCAAAAGUUCUUACAAGCUCAGAGCAUUGUAAAUCCUAGCGCGUAUAUAGCAGCAGCCACAUUAGUCCUCCAUCUUUUCCUAACAUGGAUUGUGCUUUAUGUAUUUAAGUGGGGGUUAUUCGGAGGAGCCUUGGUACUAAGUAUUUCAUGGUGGAUACUAGUCAUUGCGCAAUUUAUGUACAUAUUGUGGAGCGAUAAGUGUAAGCAAACAUGGAACGGAUUUACCUCGCAAGCUUUUUCUGGGCUGUGGGAUUUUUUUAAGUUGUCAGCUGCUUCAUCCGUGAUGUUGUGCUUGGAGACGUGGUACUUUCAGAUUUUGGUUUUAGUUGCUGGUUUGCUUCCAAAUCCUGAAGUGGCAUUAGACUCGCUAGCUGUUUGUAAUACAAUUCUUGGGUGGGUAUUCAUGAUAUCUGUUGGGUUCAAUGCGGCAGCAAGUGUGAGGGUGAGCAAUGAGUUGGGAGCAGGGCAUCCGAAAUCGGCCUCAUUUUCAGUACUGGUGGUGACAUUAAGCUCAUUCGUGAUUGCUGUAGUCAUUGCCAUAGUAGUAAUGAUCCUUCGUGACGUGAUGAGUUAUGCAUUCACGGGAGGAGAAACAAUUGCUAAAGCAUCUUCAGAACUUGCACCACUCUUGGCUGCCUCUAUAAUUCUUAAUGGCAUUCAACCUGUUCUAUCUGGGGUGGCUGUUGGGUGUGGAUGGCAAGGUUUUGUGGCAUAUGUUAACGUGGGAUGUUACUACGUUGUUGGCAUUCCAUUGGGUGUUCUUCUUGGAUUUUACUUCAAACUCGAAGCUAAGGGAUUAUGGCUGGGUAUGUUUGGAGGAACAGCAAUGCAAACUGUAAUCUUAGUAUGGGUAACUUUUAGAACCAAUUGGAACGAAGAGGUGGAGAAAACGAAAAAUCGAUUAGUUAAGUGGCAAGAUAGCAGUAAAAAGCCAUUGUUGAAUGAAUCAUGAGAACAUGCAUAUUUGUCUAAUUUUAUCCCCUCUGAUAUUUUGCUUGUAUGUAGCAGCCAGGCAAAAUUGGCCAAAACAUAAAUGUAUCAAUUGACUUUGAUAGGUGUGGGAUCUUUGCAUUCAAUUCA